CAAUCGAGGACACCUUUUACAGGUCGCCAUUGGACAAGGCUUUCACACUCGCCGCCACAUCCGCUGUACCGCCGUGUAACACCACCCGCCAUCGGAUAUAUGGCAUGCAACACGCCGAUGGCUCUCCUUUGUAUCAGGCAACAUGCCCAUCAUGACAUGGCACGGCAAGGUACAUUGUUCUAG